AUGUUCAACUUGUGCAACUCAAAUUGGGAUGCUGAGGCCAACAUCUUGGCACAAACGGCUGGCGUUCCAUCCAUUCCGUGGAGUGGAGAAGGUCUUGAAGCCAAUUUGGGCCCUGAUGGUACCAUUCCAGAGGACAUUUUUCGGAAAGGCACAGUGAGUACGGUGGAGCAGGCCAAGGAAGCAAUCAAAAGCAUUGGAUUCCCCGUGAUGAUCAAAGCCUCCGAAGGUGGAGGAGGAAAAGGGAUCAGAAUGGUGCAGGAGGAGAAAGACUUGGAGAGCAGCUUCAUCCAGGUGCAGAAUGAAGUUCCAGGAUCUCCUAUCUUCAUGAUGCAGCUUUGCCAGGGUGCUCGGCACAUUGAGGUGCAGAUCGUCGGAGAUGAGCAUGGAAAUGCUGUGGCAUUGAAUGGUAGAGAUUGCUCUACCCAGCGACGCUUCCAAAAGAUAUUUGAGGAAGGACCUCCGGUAGUGGUGCCAAAGGACACUUUCCUGGAGAUGGAACGUGCUGCCCAGCGCCUCACACAGAACAUUGGCUACAUCGGGGCAGGAACAGUGGAGUACCUGUACAAUGCAAACGAGAACAAGUUCUACUUUCUCGAGUUGAAUCCAAGAUUGCAGGUGGAACAUCCGGUCACAGAGGAGCUCACCAGGGUGAAUUUGCCUGCUACACAGGUGCUGGUCUGUUGCGGUGUCCCAUUGGAGAACAUUGCGCAGAUCAGGCGUUUCUACGGUAAGAGCGACUCUGACACCACCUCUCCGAUCAACUUCUUGGAGGACAGGUAUGUAUAUCCAGAUCGCCAUGUGAUUGCCUCGCGCAUUACUGCAGAGAACCCAGAUGAUGGUUUUAAGCCCACAAGUGGCAAGAUCGAACGAAUUAAGUUUCAAAGUUCGGUUGCGUGCUGGGGCUACUUCAGCAUCGGUGCCAAGGGAGGCAUUCACGAGUAUGCAGACUCUCAGUUUGGCCACAUUUUCGCUCAUGGGAACAAUCGCGAAGAAGCACGAAAAGCUCUCAUGCUGUCAUUGAAAAACAUUGAAGUUGUUGGCGAGAUUCGCAACCCUGUCGAGUAUUUGGUAGAGCUUCUCCAGCAAGAGGCUUUCAUCAACAACUCUAUUGACACCUCUUGGCUUGAUGGGCUUAUCAAAGAGAAGUCCGUCACAUUGAGAUACAACAUCAAUGAUGUCGUUUUCUAUGCGGCUGUUUUCCGUGCAGUUCAGAGCUUGAAGGCUGCUGAUGAGGAAGUGGAGUCAGCUCUCGCGAAGAGUCAAUUGGGGCCUUUGAGGGACAUGGCCAAAAUGAACAGGUUUCCAGUUGAGAUCACUUUCGAGGGCGUGAAGUACACUUUCCAGAUUUCUCGCUUGGGACCGUCCUUGCUCGAGCUGGCUAUAGCAGACAAGAAGUACUUGGCACAGAUCAUGGCUCAGCCCGAUGGCACGUUCUUGGUCUCGGUGGGUGCCACCGUGAUGAGCGUCAUGGGCUCCGACGAAGCUCUGGGUUUGCGAUUGCGCUUGGACGGCAUUGGCACCAUCAUGUUGCCCACCGUCUACGAUCCCUCAGAGCUUCGCUCUGAAUUCAAUGGCAAGGUGGUCAGAUAUUUGCAAGACAACGGGUCUAUGGUGAAGGAAGGAGAGCCGUAUGUCGAGCUGGAGGCAAUGAAGAUGAUCAUGCCUAUCAAGGCCACUGCUACGGGAAAAGUGUCCCACUUGCGCGGUGCUGGGAGCAUCGUAUCAGCAGGGGAGCUAUUGGGAACUCUGGACUUGAAGGACCCGAGCCAGGUCAAGAAGAUCGUCCCAUUCGAAGGUGCCUUUGAAAUCUCUACUGGCAGCAGUGACAAGGAUCGCAACCUGCAGAGCCAAAUCGAGAUGGUUCUCGAUGGCUUUGCGGCUCAGGAGGAUGCUGGAAUCAUGACGCAGAAACUCUUCUCUGAACUACCACAGGCUGAGCGAAGCGAAGUUGCACAAGGCCUUUUCGAGCGAUACUUGGCAGUCGAGCAAAAGUUCUCGCCCCUGAUCACGAAAAAACUCACGGUCGACCAGAUUUAUGCAGAGUUCAUUGCCGAGAACAAGGAGAACCUGUCAGCAGUGGCUUCUUUGGCUCUGGCUCACAGUCAGCUUGCCCCUCGUAGUGCGGUGGUGGUGGCCGCGUUGCGCAGUCUCCGCACCACCACGGCAUUGGGCGCGGAGCUCAUGGAGAAGGUGCAGCAGCUCUCUGAGCUCGCCAACACAGGUGGGUACGGUGAAGUUGUCCUUGUGGCGCGUCAAAUUAUGGACAUGAAAAGCUCCAAGCCUUUCGGCGAGAGAGUGGAUGCGCUGCGAGAGUUGCUUGAUUUGAGCCACCCCGACUUCGACGGAAUAUCCGGCAUGGCAGCCAGCAAGGCAGGCACGGAGCUACUUUCUGAUCUACUGCUGCACGAGUCGUCAACAGUCCGAUCCAAUGCCUUGAAUGCAUUGAUGCGGCGCCUUUACCGCUCCUUCCUAAUCCAGGAUAUGGCCAUUGAAGAUGAGGAAGCUGGAAAGAUGUCGUGCAACUUCAAGUUCCAGUUCCCCGGUACGGCUGAGGAAGCGGUUUUCCGUCAAGCACAUGUGAAGGUGGUCAAGAGCUUCGACGAAGUUGCGGAGAUUAUGAAGAGCGACAUCCCUUUGCAAGAUGAAAGCAACAAGGUGGCAAAUACAAUGAAGGUCAUCGUUACCUCACCCGGAAGCACCCCGUUUGAAGAGAUGAGCAAGCAAAUGGAAGGAUUGCUUGCGGGAGCAAAUGACAAGCUGCAAGCGGCAGGUAUCCGAGAGGUGGGCCUGGUCGUGUCCAACCCACCGAACGCUCCUCGCUAUGCAUCCUUCAUGGCUGACAGUGGCUGGAAGGAAAAUGCUGCGUGUCGCGACAUGAAGCCAUCCUUGCCGAAUGUCCUGGAGGUCUACCGGCUUGCUGAAGAGUACUCUUUGGAGAAAGUGGUGCCACCGGUGGGCCGCAAUUCGCAGGUCUACGUGGGAACGCCCAUAGACCUGGUCCCAUCAGGACGCAGGAGUCCCUCCACCAUAUUCGCUCGCAUGAUCAAGCAUUCGAUGAAUGGUUUUCCUGAAACCGCUCAGCUUUGGCAAGAUUCGCUGGAAAACCUUCUCCUGAACGCAGUGGACGAGAUCGAGAGAGCCCGGUUGAACCCAAAGAUUGGCUAUGGGCCCAACAGCAACAUCUUCGCGCACAUCCUCUACAACCUGAAUAUGGAGCCAACUUCUGCCUAUGAGAUGCUGGAAGAGUUCGUGAACAACUUCGUGGCAAAGCACGGCAGCCGCCUUCAAAGGAGCAAGGUCGAUGAGAUUGUGGUAAAGGUCGGGAUUGGCAGUGGCGACUCUCGAAAACAAACUUUGCGACUUACUGCGAGCUCCAUGACAGGUGAGUACUUGCGCACGAGUGGUGCAAUGGAGAUGUACGACGUCAUAACAGGGUCCCCAACGCAAUGGUUUGAUCUGAAGAGCGGGGACGAGGCGAAAUUGGCUUCGGCCAAAGCGAAGAACCGAUUGCAGCUUCGCCGCUCAGUGGCUCGAAAUGCUGGCUCUACCUAUGCCCCAGACUUCCUGGGCAUGUUGAAGAUCGAGCUGAUCAAGAAGUGGGGCAACUAUCAGGAUUGCGGUGGAAUGCGCAACAUGCCCUCCAAGAUUUUCAGCAGUACUGAGUUGGUCUUGGUUGAUGGAGAGAUCAAGGAGAUUGAUCGGGAUCCGGGACAGCACAACAUCGGCAUGAUCGCUUGGCGUUGCACGUUAUGUACUCCCGAAUAUCCUGAAGGUCGCGAUAUUGUUCUCAUUGCCAACGACGUGACCCACAAAGCUGGCUCUUUCGGUGUUGAUGAGGACAUCCUUUUCCAGAAGGCAUCUGCCUAUGCUCGUGAGAAAGGGUUGCCACGAAUCCACAUUGCAUGCAACAGUGGUGCGCGCGUGGGUUUGGCUGAGGAGUUGAAGCCCUUUUUUAAGGUGAAAUGGACAAACGAUGAUCCAUCCAAGGGCUUUGAUUAUCUCUACUUGGAAGAGCAGGAUUUGAAGAGCUUGCCAGAUGACGCUGUUGACGUGCACGUCCAGCGAGUCAACGGCAAAAAGCACUUUGUGAUUGAUGCCAUUAUCGGGGAGGGAUUGAAAUCUACUCAGGGUGGCAUUGGAGUCGAGAACUUGCAAGGAAGUGGACUCAUUGCAGGUGAGACCUCCAAGGCCUACAACGAAGUUUUCACUUUGUCUUAUGUCACGGGACGCUCCGUUGGCAUUGGAGCAUACUUGAAUCGCCUCGGCCAACGUGUCAUUCAAAUGGUGAACGGACCCAUGAUCCUCACAGGCUUUUCCGCGCUCAACAAACUUCUGGGGAAGAAUGUGUACAGCUCUCAAGACCAACUUGGAGGGCCACAGGUAAUGGUGCCCAAUGGUAUCACACAUGAAGUGGUCACAGACGACACAGAAGGCGUUGGGGCCAUCCUGGACUGGUUGUCCUAUGUACCAAAAACAACGGCCGAAAUACCGCCCAUCCUUGAGCCCAUGGACCCAGUGUCUCGAGAAGUCACCUUCAUGCCUUCUAAGACGCCUUAUGAUCCUCGGCACAUGCUGGAAGGUACCACAACGCCUGAGGGUGGCAAGCUGACCGGUUUCUUUGAUGAAGGUACUUUCAAAGAGUACUUGCCAGGUUGGGGCAAGAGUGUCGUGAUUGGACGUGGCAAGCUGGGCGGCGUCCCAAUGGGUGUCAUUGCAGUGGAAACACGAAGCAUGGACCGCAAAGUUCCCGCGGACCCAGCGAACCCGGCAAGUCAGGAGGUUGUCGAGCCUCAAGCUGGACAGGUGUGGUUUCCUGACAGCGCAUUCAAGACGGCGACAGCGAUCCGCGAUUUCAAUCGUGGUGAGAACCUGCCACUGAUCAUUUUUGCCAACUGGCGUGGGUUUUCAGGCGGAACCCGAGACAUGUACCAGGAAGUUCUGAAAUUUGGAGCCCAGAUCGUGGAUGCCCUCGUUGAAUACAAAAGCCCUGUUUUCGUCUACAUCCCUCCGGGUGGUGAGUUACGAGGUGGCUCCUGGGUUGUCAUUGAUCCAACUAUCAACCCUGAACAGAUGGAGAUGUAUGCGGAUGUGGAAUCACGAGGUGGAAUCUUGGAGCCACCAGGGAUUGUGGAGGUGAAGUUCCGAGCUGGUCAGCAGCGAGAGCUGAUGCACCGCUUGGAUCCCGAGCUGCGGAAACUGGAUGCAAUGCUUGAGGAAUCUUCAUCCUCGGAAGUGGGUAGUGCUGCUCAAGACAUUGAAGCGCAGAUCAAGACUCGAGAGGAUAAGCUGUCACCCCUGUACACGCAGAUUGCUUGCGAAUUUGCGGAUUUGCACGAUCGCACUGGACGCAUGGAAGCCACUGGUGUCAUUCGACAGGGGCUCGAGUGGCGUCGCUCCAGAGAAUUCUUCUAUUGGCGAGUGAAGUGCAGAUUGCUCCAGAAGGAAGUGGAGAGCCAAAUCAAGGAAGUUGAUCCCAGCCUGUCUGCCAAGGAAUCGCAGGAGCUCUUGUCGAGCUGGCUGUCUGAGGCCGGCAAGGACGAUGACAAGAGCAUCGUGACUUUCUUGGAGGGGAGACCCUUCGCUUACAAGCUGGAGCAGCUGAAGGUGGACGUGACAAAAACGCAGAUCAAGGAGCUUUUGGAGAAGCUACCGGAGAGCGAACGGGAAGGGCUGUUGUGAACGGCUAAUCGGCUAGUCAGGGCUAGUCGUCAUCUUUUCCAAGUGCUUUGGCAAAGUGCAGCAUCAGUUGUUUCCAAUAAAGAUUGAAUCUGAUUGACUGCCAAUUCGGGUGGAGCUUGCUGCUCUCCUGGAAACGCUUUUGAGCCAGGCUCAUUUAAUGUGCUCAUAGCUUGGCAUAUCGGCAAUGUGUGCGAGGGGAAUCCUUUGAAGGGGGUGAGUCUGUGAGAUCCCC